GGCAACGAGGAAGUCCCCAGCUAAACCAAUAACAUCCUGCAUUUUUCCUAGUCAAAACGUGUCCAGCUAGCCACAACUAUCCUAAUUUGACUCGAGGGUAUUUUUUUCCUUUAUUUUAGUAAUGCCAGCUUAACGAGUGACCAUUAAGAUGGCUGCAGGUUCGUUUAAGCUUCUGUAAAUGUUUUUUUCUGCCUUGUUGACGACAAGCUGUUAAGCUCCAGUUGAAGCUGUGGAGGAUGCCUGCUCGAAAUAUUGUUUCUCACGAUGUUCCUAACAGCAAAGUUAGGUAUUCCAGGUUAGCCUCAGAUGACGACGGCUACAUUGAUUUACAGUUCAAAAGGAGUCCACCCAAAGUCCCGUAUAAAGCCAUAGCACUCGCCACAGUGCUCUUCCUGAUUGGCUCACUCCUAAUCAUCAUUGGUUCACUCCUCUUGGCAGGAUACUUUGGAGACACUGACUCUGACCGGACACUGCCCGUCCUCAUCAUUGGGAUCCUUGUCUUCCUGCCAGGCUUUUACCACCUACGAAUUGCUUACUACGCUUCCAAGGGCUACUCGGGAUACUCCUAUGAUGACAUCCCAGACUUUGAUGACUAAACCACACCACACCACACCAUCUUUAUUCUGUCUGUGCUGCUUUUACUGUUAGUAUCAAAGUUAAAACUGCUAAGAGAAAUUAGGUUAAUCAUUCCUGUUUCAUGCCUCAGACUUGUUGUUUAUUUAAUGCCAGAUUGCUUACAAAUGUAGCUUGAUUUGUAUAUUCUUGGUUAGUUUAUUUAAUUAAUAAAAUAAUUUAAUUUUC